AAUUUUCGGACAAUUGAGUCAAUGAUGAGAGCUUGUGCUUAGUUUCUUGAUAUUUAUUUAUAUAUAAUAUAUAAAUAUAUAUAUAUUUUCUUGUAAGAAGUUUGUUGUUUUCACUUUGUGAAGAAUCAUGCUUUUGCUUUGAUCACUUUUAAAGAUAUUUCAUGUGGGCUCGCUUGCAUUUGCUUUCCAAUUCUGGUUCUGUUCUUCUUUUACCCCCCUUGGGUUGAAGUUUUGGUGGGCUUAUUGGAGAAUCAGUCGUUUAUGUUCGUUGGUUUUGCAUAUGUAUAUGUGGGAGUCUGUGAAAAUCUGGGUAGAUGCUUCUGGAGCUUGUUCUUGAAACUUUAUGCUGCGAAAGGGAAUGUGCUCAAAAUUUGAGAUUCUUGAUAGUGAAUUUAGUGGGAGCUUAGAAUUGUGAUUUUCUGUUGCCUGAGUUUUCUUAUUAUAUUUGUGUGUCUAAUCUGCAGAUAUAUAAAUUCUUAUACUGCAUUUUGAGGUGUAUAUUUAGAGAUAGUAUUGCUGAAGAAGGUUUGGUUAUUUUUUAUUCAUCUUAUGGUGGUGAUUCUAUAGUAAAAGGACGGAGAGUUUGAUUGAAAUGGGGAGUAAUAUAAACUUCAAGAAUUUUGGGAGUGAGCCGCCAGCAGAGGCGGGUGGUGGUGGACGGCUGCCGGGAAAUUUUCCUUUGACGCGGCAGCCCUCGAUCUAUUCAUUGACUUUUGAGGAGUUUCAGAGUACGGUUGGAGGAAGUGGGAAGGAUUUUGGGUCUAUGAACAUGGAUGAGUUGCUAAAAAGCAUAUGGAGUGCAGAGGAAAAUCAGAACGUUGGAUCUACUAGUGGUGGUGGUUGCCAAGAGGGGAGUGGCUAUUUGCAGAAACAGGGAUCAUUGACCCUUCCUCGAACGCUGAGCCAGAAGACGGUUGAUGAGGUUUGGCGGGAUAUAUCGAAGGAAUAUGGUGGGGGAAAAGAUGCAACUGGGAGCAUCAGCGGAUUUGGUGUGCCACAGAGGCAACAGACUUUAGGAGAGAUUACUCUUGAGGAGUUCUUGGUGAGAGCUGGGGUUGUGAAGGAAGAGACUCAAUUGGCUGCCAAGGCUAAAAAUGUUGGUUUUUUUGGCGAUCUAUCUCGUCCUGUGAAUGGUUCAAUGUUGGAGUUUGGAUAUCAGCAGCAGCAGCCGGCUAGAGGGACUGCAGGGUUAAUGGGUGGUAGAAUUACUGAAAGUAGUAAUCAGAUUGCUUUGCAAUCUGCUACUUUACCGUUGAAUGUAAAUGGGGCUAGAUCUGCUACACAGCAGCUGGGGAGUCAGCAGCAGCUGUCGCAGCCACAACAGCAACCACUCCUUCCCAAACAGCCUACCUUGGCGUAUGGAAUUCCAAGGAGUAGUCAGUUGGGUAGUCCAGGGAUCAGGAGUGGGAUUAUUGGGAUCUCUGAUCCAGCAAUCAACGAUUCCAUGGUCCAAAAUGUAACGCUACAGGGUGGAGGAGUUGGGAUGGUUGGUUUAGGAGCUAAUGGUGUUACAGUUACGACAGGAUCUCCUGCAGCUUCAUCAGACGGGCUUACAAAAAGUAAUGGAGAUACAUCCUCGGUCUCACCUGUCCCGUAUGUGUUUAAUGGCUGCUUACGGGGUAGAAAAAGUGCUGCUUUGGAGAAAGUUGUUGAGAGAAGGCAAAGGAGGAUGAUUAAGAAUAGAGAAUCAGCUGCAAGAUCGCGGGCUCGUAAGCAGGCAUACACUAUGGAGUUGGAAGCAGAAGUUGCCAAGCUGAAGGAGGAAAAUGAGGAAUUGCGGAAGAAGCAGGCUGAAAUAAUGGAAAUGCAGAAGAAUCAGGUUCAGGAGAUGAUGAACCAGCAAAAUGGGAACAAGAGACGGUGUUUGAGAAGGACACAGACGGGUCCAUGGUGAACCUCGUUGCUGCAGCAUUUGACGCUGAAAUAUACUUCUAAGAGUGUAAAUAUUUUAUAGGGACAUGCUUCUCUUGUAGAUCGGUAGAAGUUAGAUAAGUAGUGUUUCCCUGUAGAAUGUUCUUUACCAUCAAUCUUCUUUUUGACAGUUAAUGUAUGCGUCUUUUGUAGUCAUCUUGAAUUACCAUCGUCUGAGCAAAAUAGGUAGACUACAUCAUCUCAAGUAUAAAAUACAGUCAAUUAGGUAUCAGUUUAUUACAAAUACUUGUAGAAGAUGUAUUUGUUCAGUACAAAACAUCCUACUUUUGAUAAAUAUCUUUGUUUGUUGUGUGUAUGUACUACUGCCAAACAGCUUCUUUGUAUGUACCAUAAUGUUAUAUGAAGUUGCUUGCUCUGCUCU